GGUUAAAGGUCGAAAGUGACGGUAUGAAAAAGAGACGGAGAAACAGUGAAAGAGAUUUUUUCCUCAGGGGACGAGGUGGGACUGUUCUCUGUUCAUCAUGGAUUUCUCCCCCGGGGUUCUGGUCCUGUUUUCUCUGUUAUGUUCAGCUGCUGGUCAGGCUCCUGACGUCUCGGUGGAGCCCCGCGCUGCUACUGUGCGCCAAGGGGAAUCUGCCAGCUUUCGAUGCCAGGUGCAGAGAGGAGCACAGCCAGUCCAACUGACGUGGAAGAAAGCCAGUGAUCAAGCAUUACCGGACAACGUGAAGACGGGCCCCGACGGCUCCGUGCUGACGGUCGCUACCGCUGGCCCUGAAAACCACGGCCAGUACCGCUGCACGGCGUCCAACUCUGCAGGCCGCGGCGCCGCCACGGCUGUGCUCAACGUCAGAUAUGCUCCUAAAGUGCACCUGACACCUGCAGGGCCCCUGCGAGUCAGGAUGGGCGACCCUGUCUCGGUGGAGUGUCGGGCCAAAGGACGGCCACGGCCCACGCUGACCUGGAAACGCCAAGGCUCCACCCUGCAGCUGGUUACCAAGGAGACUAAUGAUGUCAACACCAUACAGUGGGCUGCAGUACAUCCAGACGACUCGGGAGUUUACAUUUGCCAGGCUGACAACAACGAGGGGGUGACAGAGGUCAAAGUUGAGGUCAUUGUUGUGGGGCAGCCGGGAGCACCAGUGGCCACAGUGGGCACCACAGAAAUGACAGCGGUGGAGGGACAAACAGUCACAAUGGAGUGCGAGGCCAGUGGCUCUCCUCCUCCGGUCGUCACCUGGUCCAAGCUGCGAGCGCCGUUGCCGUGGAAACACUCGAUGGUUGGUGGAGUGUUGACACUGCCCAGCGUGGGGCGCCAGGACUCGGGACAAUACAUCUGCAAUGCAACCAACCCCCACGGCUACAGUGAAGCGUACACGCAGAUGGAGGUGGAGAGUCCUCCGUACGCCACCUGCCUGCCCGAGCAGGUGCGGCUGCGGCCCGGGGACGCGCUGCGCGCUCAGUGCCUCGCGCACGGCUCUCAUCCCAUUGCGUUCGAGUGGAGCCGCGAGGGCCGAGCCAGCCUGCCGCCAGGGGCCCACGCCACCAAGGACGGAAGGCUGUUCGUCGCCCACGUCAAACCCGGCGACAGCGGGACGUACAGAUGCGUGGCCACCAACCACAUCGGCUCCAGCGAGGCACUGGCCAAGGUCAUCGUAAAAGCCUGAUCCCACUCGGAUUGACAAACCAUCCACGCCACGCUUUCAAAUUCCGCUUCAAGUUGGUUCUGUUGCCAAAAACACAGAUUGUUAUAUUUAAUGGAUGGAGGCAUUAAAGAGAAUGAUAUCCAUGCUUUUGUUGCUGUUUCCGUGUGAUUAAGUCUGUACUUUUCCAGAGAACGGAUAGUUGCCCUUGUUGCCUCCCUUGGGAUGGCUUUUCUCCGGAACUCAGCCCGUGUGGGGGAGUUUCUCCUCGAGGAAUGCCGCUUGUCUGCCUCCUGUCACGUGAUCUGCUGAGUCGACACUGUUGCACAUCCAAACACAAAGAAGUGGUCUGAUCGAAUGUAAAAGUCCUCAUUAUAAAGACUGAAUCAAACAAGUUUCAAUCA